AUGACAGAGUCUAACACGAACAGCUCCUCGCGACCAUGGAUAAUGAAUGCAUUCGUCAUGAGUGCACCAGGUCACCUGGCACCUGGUCUUUGGCGACAUCCCGACCAGAGUGAGCUCACUGUGGACCACUGGGUGAGGCUGGCGAAACUGCUGGAGGAGGCAAAGUUUCAUGGCGUGUUUUUCGCAGAUGUCCUGGGCAUAUAUGAUGUCUACAAGGGGCCAUCAAACAACGCGCCGGCGUUGCAGAGUGCUGCGCAGAUCCCGAUCGGCGAUCCCAGCCUUCUCAUUUCAGCCAUGGCCCACGCGACGAAAUCGCUCUCAUUCGGCGUGACUGCGUCGACGACAUACGAGAAUCCGUACGCACUUGCAAGGAAGUUUGCGACUCUGGACCACAUAAGUCAGGGCCGAGUGGGAUGGAACAUUGUGACUUCUUACCUGGACAGCGCAGCGAAGAGCUACGGUCUGGACGAGCAAGUCCCGCAUGACGAACGAUACGCGAGAGCGGAUGAGUUCAUGCAGGUCGUUUACAAGCUCCUCGAGGGUUCAUGGCAAGAAGGAGCCGUGGUCAAAGACAAGAAGACUGGCGUAUACGUCAACCCGGAAGCAGUCAAGCGAAUAGAUCAUAAGGGGAAGUAUUAUCAAUGCGCUGGUCCGAGUCUGCUAGAUCCAUCUCCACAACGUACGCCGUUCCUGCUGCAAGCUGGAGCAUCGGCGUCUGGACAAAAGUUUGCUGCGACCCACAGUGAGGCUAUGUUUCUCCCAGGCUUGAUCCCAGAGAAGACGCGCAAAAUUGUGGACGAUACCAAAGCGCUGCUCAUUCAACAAGGGCGGAAGCCCGACAGCGUCCGCUUUCUCACCGGCAUCUUCAUCGUGGUGGACGAGACAGAUGAGAAAGCUCAGGCCAAAUUCCAAGAUCUGCUCCAGUACGCCGACCUGGAAGGCACUGCAGCGCUCUUUGGCGGAUGGUCAGGGACGGACCUGGCAAACUUCUCCGACGACGACGACUUUGCGUUCACGGGACCGGGCGCGAUACAGUCCAUGGUCAAGGCCUGGACGGCUACAGUCCCAGGCACGGAAGGGCUGAAGUGGACAAAGCCCAGGGUCCUGGAGCAGCUUGCGAUAUCCGGGGCCCACGCGAAGGCGAUCGGGAGUCCCAAGACGGUUGUCGACAUCUUGCAGCGCUGGAUCACGGAGGCCGGCAUUGAUGGCUUCAACUUGAGCUAUGCAACUACGCCGGGCACGUUUGAGGACAUGAUCAAGUACCUCUGGCCAGAGCUCAGAGCGCGAGGUGUGCUCCAGGAGGACUACCCUGUUCCCGGAGGAAGCAUGCGCGAGACGUUCUUGGCCGACGGUCAAGGCCCGCGUGUUAGGGCGGACCACCCUGCGGCUGCAUAUACGUGGAAGCAUUGA